AUGGGAACGCCGUUCAUCUCGCUCCUCGAGCCAACGGCGCUCGACUGGGAGCGCGGGCUGCCUCCCGACGAGCAGCCGAACGCGGCCUCCAUCCCACGCACCUUCCUCGACGCCAUGACAGUGCGCACGCAAGUCUUCGUGCAGGAGCAGCAGAUCCCGCAGGCCAACGAGUUCGACGCCGACGACCAGCGGUGCGCGCACUGGGUCAUCUACGCAUCCGUCAACAAGACGGUCGCGCCCGCCGUGACCGACCCGGACACGGGCGAGGUGCUCUGCCCCCGCCAGAGCGAGACCCAGUCCGUGCCGAUCGGCACCGUGCGCCUCGUGCCCUUCCCCCACCCGCCGCACCCGCUCAACGGCGGCGUCUACGUCGACAACGAACUGAUUCGGUCCGAGUCCGAGUCCGCACAAGACAACGACAAGCCAACCGAGCCCACCACCACCACGACAGCCCCCACCCAGCAACCCACCUUCACCCCCGACCGGCCGACGACCUUCCACGACGGCAUCGAGCCGUACGUGAAGCUGGGCCGGCUGGCCGUGAUCAAAGAAUUCCGGGGCCGGGGCAUCGCGGGCCAGCUGGUACGGACAGCCGUCGAGUGGAUGCGGACGCACGGGACGUACUUCGACCCCAGCCCCGCGGCGCGGGGGUUCGAGCACCUGGGCAUGGAGCGGCAGGCGGGCGCGCUGCCGCCGCGGUGGAACGGCCUGCUGUGCUGCCACGCGCAGGAGGACGCCGUCAAGGUGUGGGAAAAGUGCGGGUUCCGCGUCGACGAGGGCAUGGGUCGGUGGUUUGAGGAGGGGAUUCCGCAUGUGGGUAUGUUCUUGAGGGUGGACGCGGAGCCGGAGGUGAAAGCGCUUUGA